GUGAAACGCCACCGGUACCUGAGAUCCACGGGCGCGACACUCGACCGGAGUUUUAGAGAUUACCGGCUUUCCACGGCAACCACCGCCGGACGCUAUAAACCUUAUUCCUUCUAAAAGAGGACAAAGAGGUUCCAGGUAAAAUUCAGCUGAGUGAUACGAUGAUAUAAUGAACUCGGCUCCAUCAGAUGAAUCUACGCCCUUGAAUUCCAAAGACGAAGAGCACCGGAGCCUCCUAUCAUCUCCAACAUCCCCUCCGCCACCGUCGGAGGAGGGGAAAGAACGGAAAGAAGAAGUUGGAAUCGAGUAUGAAUCGCGGGAGAAAUUGGCGGCCGUCGAUAUCGAAUCGGAGGCUGCCGAUGGCGUCGAUUGCAGCGCUGUCCCGCCCUUUUCGUGGAGGCAGCUAUGGCGGUUCACUGGGCCUGGGUUCUUGAUGAGCAUCGCGUUUCUGGAUCCGGGGAAUCUCGAGGGGGAUCUGCAAUCGGGAGCAAUCGCCGGCUACUCGCUCUUGUGGCUGCUGAUGUGGGCCACGGGAAUGGGCCUGCUGAUCCAGCUUCUCUCGGCCAGAGUCGGUGUCGCCACUGGCCGGCACUUGGCCGAGCUCUGCAGGGAGGAAUAUCCUUACUGGGCCGGGCUUUUGCUCUGGUUCAUGGCGGAGGUUGCCCUGAUUGGAGCUGAUAUUCAGGAGGUCAUUGGUAGUGCCAUCGCCAUUAAGAUUCUCAGCCGCGGGGUUAUUCCACUCUGGGCGGGCGUUGUAAUCACAGCUUCUGAUUGUUUUAUAAUCUUGGUAUUGGAGAACUAUGGAGUGAGAAAGCUUGAAGCUGUUUUCGCCAUCUUUAUUUCGACUAUGGCUCUGGCUUUCGCGGGGAUGUUUGGAGACACCAGACCUAGUGGAAAGGAGCUUUUAACAGGUCUUUUGAUUCCUAAACUUAGCUCAAGAACCAUUCGCCAGGCUGUUGGAGUAGUGGGUUGUGUAAUAAUGCCUCACAAUGUGUUUUUGCAUUCAGCUUUGGUACAGUCAAGGGAGAUUAAUCCCAAGAAAAGAGGUCAAGUCCAGGAGGCGUUGAAUUAUUUUACUAUUGAAUCGUCUGCUGCCCUUUUAGUCUCUUUCAUGAUCAACUUGUUUGUCACCACUGUGUUUGCCAAGGGAUUCUACGGGAGUAAACAGGCUGGUAGUAUAGGGCUAGUCAAUGCAGGAGAGUACCUUCAAGAGAAGUAUGGUGGUGGGGUGUUCCCAAUCCUCUAUAUUUGGGGGAUUGGGUUACUGGCAGCGGGACAGAGUAGUACCAUAACCGGGACUUAUGCAGGGCAAUUUAUCAUGGGGGGUUUUCUUGAUCUUCGGUUGAAGAAAUGGAUGAGGGCUUUGAUUACUAGGAGCUUUGCCAUAUUGCCUACAAUAGUUGUAGCCUUGGUUUUCCAUAGAACCGAGUCAUCGCUGGAUGUGCUAAACGAAUGGCUCAAUGUGUUGCAGUCUGUUCAAAUCCCGUUUGCUCUCGUCCCGCUUCUCACGUUGGUCUCUAAGGAAGAGGUGAUGGGAUCAUUCAAGAUUGGGCCUUUUCUUGAGAGAGUUGCAUGGACGGUUGCAAUCCUGGUGAUGGUUAUAAACGGGUACCUGUUGGUUGACUUCUUCGUCUCGGAAGUCAACGGGUUGCUGUUUGUGCUCCUCGUCUGUGCUGUGAAUGCCGCAUACAUUGCUUUUGUCGUAUACCUCAUCUUACACGGAGGUGGGCCCAUCGCCAAUUGUCUCAAUUUCUGGUGGAACAAAGGCGCACGACAUUCGCAAUACAUUUCAGGACUUUCUCCUUAGAGUUACAGAUUCAGAGGUAUGAUCGAUCCUACAGAACAUUUCAGGACUUAAACAUACCUACAAACUGACAAAGAGCAGUGAGUAUAGCCAUACAUCAUAAACUGACUUAUAUUUUCAUUUUUGCUUGUACUGAAUUGACCAUUGCUUCUUUUUUUUUUUCAUUCUCUCUUCAAUUGUCUGGUGAUAGUGAUACAAAGCAUAGUAUGAGUUUGUGAAUAUGUGACACUUUUGAACUGUAAUAUGAAUGUGAGAUCUGUGGUUUAGUUUAGUGUCAUUGGAACAGAGUGCAUCCCAUAAAUACAUGCUCCUGAUUUCG